GAUUCUCAAAAUCUACUAAACCCCUCUUCUGUUCUUUAUUAUUAUUGCAAAGACUAUGACACCAGAAACACACUCUCACUCAAAUUCACCCAAAAAACUUCACUUGGCAAUAACGGGUUUCAAACCCUAGAAACCCAGGAUUGAGUUGCUACAUUUCGCCAUCGGAUAUUGUUGGGACUCGGGAGGGCGCUGAUGUGCAAGGCAUGACCAUAAGAAAUAUUAAGUUCAUCAAGUCUGAAAACUUCUGCUUUAUUACUACGUAAGGACGCUUGGAUGGAAAACAAAAUACUUCCAUCUUCUUCUGGAGGGUACGACAUUGAUUCCUGUGGACCGCGUUUAGGCAAAAGGAUAUCAAGGCCAGUUGAUUUGCCUGAAUUUUCCUGGCCUCCAGAAUCAAGAUUAACAGAAGGUGGUCUACUCUUAGGAACCGCCACAGAAGAAAACAUUUGUGAAUCAACUGUAAACCAAUUGAAGUGUGCCAAAAUGGUUGCUCUUCAGGGUGAUCAAUUUAAUUAUCAGAACUGUGUCGAAGGUUCUAAAUUAACAUGUAAUAGGAAGUCCCAAGAAAAUGAAGCUGAAAAAAUACACCAGUACCCUUUAUGCAUGCAGUUGCAAUCUACACAGCACCAGCAUCCACAUUGGAAAUCUGAUGUCCCAACUGGGGAGAUGCCUGAAUCGCUAAAGAAAAGUAACAUGCUUGCACGAGCUGACACUGGGAACCCUGUUGUCACCUCUAGGAUGCCAUUGGAAAUGCAUAAUGUUUCCUCUGGAUUUGUGAGAGAGGUUGGAGCAGUUGAGCAGAAUUUUUCUCAGCACCAUACCUCAUAUGCUUUUCAUGGAAGAGGUCCUGAGGAAGCUAAUAGAUUUGGGAAUUCUUGUGUUUUGGAACAAAGUCGUCAGUGUUCAAACAGCACUGGAUGUAAUAAUCCCUCAUCUAGAGAUAUUCUCUCCUCAGGAGUCUCAGCUUCUACUGAACAAAAUAUUGGUGGAAGGUCAUUGCAUAAUGAGGUUCAGAGUUUCAUUGGUUCUUUCGAUAAUCGUGUAGACAACUUACUUGAAAGUAGAGGAAGAAGUCAUAUGGAAGGUGAUAUGAAAAUGAAGGACCUGGAAGUAAUAGAUAAGGAGGACAUCAAGGGUUCUUUGACAGAUGACCUUUCCUCUAAAGAUGGCCAUCGUCCAUCAAAUGGUGUUCAACAUGUUGAAUCAAAGAAGUCAAAUCAUAGCUCUCAAAGAUUAGAUGAGAAGAGUAGGUUAUCGUCUAAUAAAGUGCCUCUUGCGGCUGAAAAGCUAUGGGAUGGAUCUCUUCAGCUAAACGCAUCUGUUACUGUGUCUGUGGUGGCUUUCUUCAAAAGCGGUGAGAAGUUGCUUGAUCUCAGCUGGUCUGAAUUUGUAGAAGUUAAAGGGAAAGUAAGGUUAGAAGCUUUCGAAAAGUACAUCCAAGAUCUUCCUCGUUCACGCAAUCGGGGACUGAUGGUAAUUUCUCUUUGCUUCAAGGAGGGAUCUUCUGGAAAAGGACUCAAGGGCAUGAAAGAGGUUGCAAAAGGAUAUAUAAAAGGUGAGAGAGUCGGGUUUGCACAACUCUCUCCAGGUGUUGAUCUUUACCUUUGUCCGCGGAGCGAUGCAAUUAUCACUAUUCUUGCAAAAUAUGGUUUCUUUAAGGGAAUGGCAGCAGUGGAAGGAAACUCUGAGUUGAUGAUUGGUUGUGUUGUAUGGCGGAAGAAUCGAACAGCUUUGACUUCUGUUGCUAAAAAAUCUGAGGGAAAGGCUAAUUCCUCGCAGGAGCAGCUUCAAAAGUCACCAUCUGAUUCUUCUACGUUGCAAGGUGGAGGACAAGGUUCUUUACCUGUGCCAUCAGUUGAGAACUCAAAACCAUCCCCACUCAGCUCUUUCUCAAUGCUUGAACAAGCAAAUGUUACUGAUGACAAGAACGUUGGUAUUGAUUCCUCAAGCAGGACAACCUUAACAACUUCCGGUGAGAAGUCACCCACUUUUCAGCAAAAAGAAUCUGCACUUUCCAGCUCGCAUCUUUGGGGAUCUAAGGGGGGGAACUUCUCGGAACCACCCAAGGGAAGUACGGACCUCCCAAAAGUUGUAACAUCACUGCUGCCAGAUGCAUCAAAACCAAAAAUGGUGUUUUCAGAAGAUGACGAUCUCCCUGAAUUUGACUUUGGAACUGCUAGUGGAAUAUCUUCAAGUUCCCAUCGUUCUGAUGGAUCCAUUCUUGACAAUCGACUUCAACUUUCUGGAAGUAGGAUUCUAGAUAUGUCUAAACAGCCAAUCUUACCUAUAGCACCCUCAGUUUCCAUGAGUAUUCCUAGGUCAAUAUCAUCUGUCAGUCAAAGUAUGCCCCUAGCUAAAAAUGUCACUGACCACGGACACCCAAAGUCCAUUGGUGGUCCAGUGGCAGUUACAGUUUCCGCCUCUGGUUCACCACUGAUUCCGCUUGAUAACUCUGGCAGGAAGAGUUUAUUUUGUGAUGAUGAUAUGCCUGAAUGGUUGCCACCAGAUGGUCAGGAUGAAAGAACAAAUGAACAACCAGGAAACUUCCCCCCUGAAUCUUCAACCUCAACCUCAACCUCAACCUCAAGGAGGUUGCCACCUUUGCCCACAGGAUCAGUGUACCCUUAUCCAUCUUCCACCACAAUGCAUAGUGGUUUUUCUUCCCGACCAUCUCCUCCACUCUACCAUCUGCCUGCCAAUUCCAAAGUGCCACCCCCCAUACCCUCUCAAACUGGUCCUAGUUAUUUGACAGGAUUCACCUUUAAUCCAGCUCCAAGGCCACAGUCUAGUUCACUUCCUACUGACAGUUCUUUGCAGCAUGCCGAUAAAAGAGUAAGGAGGUCUUGAUAAUAGCAUGUAAACUCAAAGUAAAAGAUUUAUUUGAAUAUUAGUCAGCAACAUUUCAAAGCUGUACAUAUGCAUGAAUAGCAGGUUCAUGGACAGGAGUAAAUUGUGACAGGUUUUAUAGUUGGUUUUUCUUUCCUUUUUUCCCCCUUUGUCUCAAGUAGUGUUGCUACAGUACAGUUAAACAGAGGACAAUUGUUGGGAACAGGCUUUUUUGCAUCUUAUACUUGCUUCAUUUAGCUGCCUUAAUCAGCUGUAUUAUUGGAUCUUUUUUCCCUUGUUUUCCCGCCAGUUUGCCCCUGUAUAUAGUUCAUAUUGAUAUCCUUGUGUUAUAGAUUGAUGAUGUGUUUAAUAGUGUCGACUGUGUAAACACACUUUAAACAAGUAGUGGUUUCUUUCUGGCCUGUAA